GCCCGCAGCGUUCCAUUGUUGCAACUCUACCGACGCAUUGCGAUGAUCGUAGCCACAGGGACACACCGUUUCGUUGGUUACUAGUGUUUCGUCAUAGCCGACCGUUGAAUAUCUGGCUUUCUCGCCCGCCUCUUAUACCAGCGUAGUCCCCCCGCCGCACGCCUUCACGAUGCCUGUAACCUCGAGGAAAACACCAGCCAAAAUGGCCGCUUCUACCGCUGCCGCCGCGAAAGCUCGCCAGGACGGAGAGCUACGCCGCCGAACCAAAGAUUCCAGCUCGCCCUCAGCGCCGUCGACACCCAUUUUCAAUGGCCCUCCAACCGAGGCACGGGUCCAAUAUGUAGAGGAGGAAGAGCGCUAUAACAACGAGCUGAAGCAGCUUGCCGAGCAAGCGAAAGCCGACGCCGCCUUUGCUCGCAGACGUAUGGUUCUGCUCGCCAAGGUCGUGGGCGUAAUCACGCUGCUUGCUGUGGCGGCGUGGGCGUCGCAGCUGAGCUUAGCGCCGGUAUACGGAGGUCUGCCGGCCGCGAGGACACAUAUCUUUGUCAUUGGGUUUGGCUGCUUUGUUGGAUGGGCGCUCAAUGCAGAUUUGACGCUGGCUUUGGACCGUGCUGGCGUACUUGACUGGUUUGGUGCGCCAGAGAUGCUGCCCGUGUUUACGGUGUAUGCUCCGCUGCUGCAUCUGGGCUUGGAACGGUUCAGCGAUUUACUUGGUAUCUACGGGCCAUUGGUGACGGAAAUGUUCACGUUGUUCCCUUUGGCUGCUUUGUCUGCCGCUACCGUGGCAGACUGUGUUAUUGAGGCCAAGGUGGACCACUUGAUCCCGAGGAGAGUGCCCGGUUUGAUCGCUGACAGUGUCCCGGGGUUGGGCGUCUGGCUUCUGUAUAUCAGAAUCCACGCUCUUGUGCCACAUAUGUUCAACUUUCUUUUGGGCCAAUCUAUCGUCUUCACUGCAAUCGGACUGCACGCUCUCGUGGCUGUGUUUCAGGCUGUCCUUGCUCCGAGUGCCUUGCUCGUGGUUGCACUCCCGGGGCUUUUCCACACGGCCAUGUUCAACUACCAUGUCCAAAACUCGUUUGGCGACGCUCUUGUCAACAGCACUCUGGUGGAAAAUGGAUGGAGAGUCUUAGAGCGAGAGCAGUCUGUCACAGGAUACGUGUCCGUUCUGGAAAACAUUGAGGCCGGGUAUCGUGUCAUGAGAUGCGACCACAGCUUGCUUGGCGGCGAAUGGGUUGCCGAAAGGGGAACUCUCCUGGCCGAGCCCGUCUAUGGUGUCUUUGCGAUGUUGGAAGCCGUCCGCCUAAUUAACAGGAUAUCUCGUGUUCCUGACACCGACGCCAAGGCGUUGGUUAUCGGUCUAGGUGUAGGCACGACACCCUCAGCUUUGGUCACUCACGGAAUCAAGACUACGGUUGUCGAAAUCGAUCCUGUUGUGCAUAAAUAUGCGCAAAAGUACUUUGGGCUGCGCGAAAAUACACCGGCAAUCAUCGACGACGCUGUCUCAGUUGUUACUCGCCUAGUAGACGAUUCACCUCUGCGAUUCGACUACAUUAUUCACGACGUCUUUACCGGCGGUGCUGAGCCCGAAGCCUUGUUCACCGGACAAUUUUUAGCCGAUCUUGGAUCCCUUUUGAACGCAGACGGAGUUAUUGCGCUUAACUACGCAGGUGAUAUGGCCUUGGAUUCAACAAAAGAUGUCAUUAUUCGCAUCAAACAAACUUUUAGAAUGUGUCGUAUGUUCCGGGAAUAUCCUCCUGAUGCAACGCUGAUUGCUACGUCGGGCACCGAUUUUGCCAAUGGGGUUCUCUUCUGUACCAAUCACCCCUAUGGCAUUGACUUUGAUACUCCAAACGAGGACGAUUAUCUGCGCACGUAUGCUCGACAGCAAUUCCUCAUGCCUAAACAUGAGGUCAACAUGGAUUCAUUCAUCCGCAAGUCUAUGGGCUCACACAUGAAGAAGCAGCGCAGUACUUGGGCAGUUAUCAAAGAGGAUUACAUCGGCCCAUUUUGGCAAUAUCGAAAAGGCAAGACCGGGCCAGUAAAGCGAGUUACCAACAGAGAAGAGGCAGCUUUUGGACACUGGAAAAUCAUGCGUACCGUGGUUCCCCCUAGAGUCUGGGAACUUUGGUAGAUUAUGUACAGUACGGCGAUGUCAGAUUAAAUGGGUGUAAUUUAGAAUAUGAACCUAUAUAAUCAAUAUGGAUAUACCCUGUUCAGGUUAAGCUAAUGAAUGUCAUGUCAUGUAGCACUUCGCAAGCCAAGGUUUGCGCCAGUCUAGCCUUGGGAAAUUGAUUUGGCAUACUCCAAGUUGGACUUGGAGAACUCCUCGGUAUACUCAGAGAUGUACUUGGGCAGCUCUACGCGGUUAUGCGGUGCUGGGACCGGCUCGCCAAAUGUAGACUGCAUGGGAAUAACACCAGUCCAGACGCUGUUCAAAACAUCCUCGCUUUCCAUGUCUUGCUUGGCAUCGCUGCCACCGCCAGUGCGAAACUUGAGACUUCCUGAAGCAAUGGUGAUUUUGAGAACACCAGUGCUCUGCAGUUCAGAAUUGGCAGGGGGCAAUCUGGAAUUCUUCCAGCGAUCUGGAAUGACAGAGUUUGUGACUAGUUCCAGUGCGUAGACCUUCUCGGCAGGAUCAGUGACCAGAGUCGCGUGUCCAAAGAGCACUGCUGAGCGGUAGUUGUAGCUUGACUCGAAGGACGAGAGGGCGAGUACGAGGCCGUCUACAUGAGAAGCAGAAACACAAACAGGUACACCCUCGCUACCAGCAGCACGGCCGUUGUUGAACAUGCGGCUGGUGACGUAGCCGUGGACGUAAAGAUCCAGCGGAUCGCCUAGGUCAGCGCUUGGUCGGUCAAAGGAGCCCAUCUGGCCAAUCAUGGGCAGCGUAGCUGGGAAAGGAGAGUUGGGGAUGUUCAUUGAAACGUGUAGUAGAUGAGUAGAGUUAAUGAGCUCAUGGAUUUUACGAAGAGCAUAUACAC